AUGGUUCUCAUCUAUCCGGACAACGUCUGUCGAUGUCACUUUGGGCAGGUCGUAGGAAUUGGCAAGAACUUUUGCGGUACACACAAUGGCACUGAGAACCUCCUCAUCAGAGCAGUAUGCAACUUAGCGAACCUGCCACCGACCAUUAUCAUCCCCCCGAAUACCCCAAGGCUCACUGGCGAUGAACUGGUUGACAUAUGUUUGAUGGAAGGAGAGACAAUGAUGCCAUCUAGCAAUGCGAUCCGGCGAGAGGAGAAGGUGUAUAUCGACUAUGAGUCCCCUGAUAUCUCUGCCUACCCAGCUUCAGCCAAAUUCAUCGUUCGCUAUAUUGCCAACGCGAGGACGAAGACUAUUAGGCCUAUGAUCGCAAAUGCCAUCACACCAAGGACAGAUUACCUCCUCAUCUUCUGGGUACGAGCAGUGAUAAAGAUCGCCACCAGCAAGUGCAGCCAGGCAUCUAUCUAUACCAUCGUUCAAUGGCUCAACACAGCCCCGACCAUCAACGAGAACCAGCAAUACAACGUCAAGCUCUCCGAGACACAGACUUCGCAGAUGAUCAAGUUUGCUGUUACUCUGCCUAAAGAACGUUGGGCAGCCGUACAGGCUGGUGUUCGUCUCCCAGACUGGGCUAACGAUCCAUACCUUAACCAUUAUGGACCCAGCUCCAAGGCAUCUGGGGUUUGUCCUUCCAUCGUCACAUUCGCUUCAUGUAGAGGUGGUUCAUUUGGGUCUUCCGUCAUCACCAACGCUCAAUUCAAGACUGCUAUCGUGUGCUUUCUCCACCGCCGCUAA